AAUAUAGCCAAAAGGAGAGGAGUGAAUCCCUUCGUCUGUAACCAUUUUCUCUGUCCUUCCAUUUUCCCCUUUCUGCCUCUCUGAAACAAAAAACCCUUGCCGGGUUUUCGCUAAUUCUCUCGCUCUCUACAAAUGGAGUCUCUAGAUACCGCGGGUUGCUCGGUGGACGACCUCCUCAACCUUGACUUCGCCUCCGACAUGGGGGAGGAAGAUGACGAUGACGACAAGAAGUCGGCGAAGCGUCUCCCUUCCGUAAGCACUAGCCGUUCCUCCUAUGAAAAUGUUGGGGAGGAGGAACUCGAAUGGAUAUCAAACAAAGAUGCAUUUCCAGCAGUGGAAACGUUAUUCGUCGACACUUUACCGGACCACCAUGGAGCUGCAAUGAAGCACGAGAGCCCGGUAUCUGUUUUAGAGAACAGCAACAGCAGCACCAGCACGAGUACCAAUGGCAGCACUGCGACUAACGGGAGUCUUGUAAUGUAUUGCUGCGGUAGUCCCCGGGUGCCAGUGAAGGCUCGUAGUAAGUGCCAUCGCAGGUUACGACAUGACCUUUGGACUAAGGACGGCUGGUGGGUUCAUGAAAAUGCGAAGAAUGCGGCUGUGACGAAUAUGGGAAGGAAGUGCCAGCAUUGUGGAGCUGAAAAGACUCCCCAGUGGAGGGCUGGACCGCUUGGACCCAAAACACUCUGUAACGCUUGUGGGGUGAGGUAUAAGUCGGGGCGGCUUUGUGAUGAGUACCGCCCUGCUAGCAGCCCUACAUUUUCAAGCCAGUUACACUCUAAUUCGCACAGGAAGAUAUUGGAGAUGAGGAAACAGAGGCUGCAGCAGCCGCUGAGUAUGUUGGUGGUGAAACCUGUGGAUAAAGGGUAGGAUAUAGUUGAAUAUUGUUACUUCAGUUUAGGUACCUUUUCUUUUCUCUUCUUUUCUCCUCUUUUCUUUACGGUCUAGGGGUUUGGUCUGGUGUAAUGGGUUUAGAUGAAUUUGUGGAAAUUACUUUGUUUUGAUGAAUGAAAAUCGAUUAGGGGAAUUUUGACUUCAGUGUGGUUUAUUUUACUUCUUGGUUGUUUAUUCCUUAGAGUAGAACACAAGAGUAAUGUCGUUGGUUUUGUCCGAUCUUUUAAAUUCUUUGCUCUUAGUGGCUUGGAUUAGAGUCGAUGGUUUUGGGGGAAAAUAAUAAUUGCAGGAGUGAGAGCUUUGUGAAUUUGUAUGUGGAUUGAGAAGGGUACAGUGGUUCUCAUGUUGGGUUGUUUCUACCAAUUGGCUUGUUCUGGACAGUGGGAGAAUUGCUAUUGAAAACUGUAACACAGAUUAGGUUCAGUAUCUGUUAAUCCUCUUAUGAAUGUAAGUCUUAACCAUUAUCUUACUGUUAUAUAAUCUUUAAUCCACAAAAAAUGCUUUUGUUUUUU